GGGUAUAUAUAUUACCGGCAAGGUAGAUCCCAAAAAUAUCCUCUGAAUUUUUUAUGUGCCGAUGUGCAUUUGUGUGUUUAUGCACUCCCCACGUGUUGUCAAAGUGCUUGAGUGAAAAUCAUUAAACACGUACAAAAAAAAAUUGGGAAUCUCAAGAAUAAUUGUGUGAACAUUGAGUAAUUGUUAUAAUUUCACAAUGAAAUUGAAAAAAUCGCUGAAGCCAAAAAAGGCCCAGAAGGUGUUGAAAAAAGCGAAGAAAGUAAAGAAAGACUUGAGUGAAGUCACAACAGACGAAUUCCUCAGUCAAGAUUUCUCAGCUGAGGAAUCCGAAAGCGAUCAAGACGCUGUAAAAUCCGAGAAUUCCGAUUCUGAAACUGAGCUGGACCCAAAGUCCCACAAGAAGUCCCUGCAGAAAUUGCAAGAGACAGAUCCAGAGUUCUACGCGUUUCUCAAGCAGAACGACAAGAAACUGUUGAAUUUCGAUGUGUCAGAUCAAGAGGAAUCCGAUGAAGACGAGGACAAGGUACACGUACCAAACGAGAGCCUUGAAGUGGCAAGUGACGAAGACGAUUACGAGCCAGAGGAAGCAGCGGAGGAAAAAUCAUCAGGUGGACCGGUUAAAGUCACUCUGAAAUUAUUGAAAACCUGGCAAGAGGCGAUCCAGCGGGACAAGUCAUCGAGAACGAUAAAAAAUAUUGUCGAGGCAUUUCACGCUGCCCUUUUGACAGUAGCAGACCCAGACGGUCCCAAAAGUAUUCGAUACAAAGUCGAAGGAAGUUCUGUAUUUAAUGGAGUCGUUCAACUUUGCAUUCUCCAUCUGCCCAAUGCCUUCAAGAAAUUCCUGAAGAUCACUAAAUCAAAAUUCGAGGCCCACAAGUCCAAGAGAUUCUCCAAGAUUAAAGGAACCCUCAAGUCAUAUUUAUCCGAUUUACUCAGGAUUCUGCAGAAUGUUACGUCAUCGGAUAUUCUUACGGUGCUGUUGAAGCACCUGCACCAGAUGGUACCCUACACCCAGUCAUUUUCAUCAUUGAGUAAACCUCUGAUGAAAAUAUUGAUGAAAUUCUGGUCAUCCGGAGAGGAGACCGUCAGAGUUGUCGCUUUCUUGAGUAUUUUGCAAAUUGCCAUUAACAGGAAUGACGCGACUCGCGAGACUCUAAUGAAAACGAUGUACAUGAAAUACGUUGAAAAUUCAAAAUUCGUAUCAGAAAGUACAUCAGCAAGUAUAAACUUCAUGAGACACUCGUUAGCUGAGAUUUAUCUACUCGAUCAUAAUCUAGCCUACACCCAUGCAUUUUUGUACGUUCGCCAACUCGCAAUACAUCUGAGGAAUGCUGUUACGUUGAAGAAGAAGGAAAAUUUUCAAGCGGUUUACAACUGGCAGUACAUCAACUCCCUCAGAUUCUGGUGUGAAUUAGUCACUUCGUGCAGCAGUCAAUCAAUGCUGAAAUCCCUCCUGUACCCAUUGGUACAGAUAAUCAAUGGUACAAUAACAUUAAUUCCAACUGCCCAAUUCUAUCCACUAAGAUUUCACUGCUGUCAAAUGUUAAUUAACAUCUCUAAGGACACCGGUGUAUUUAUUCCAGUUCUACCGUAUUUACUAGAGGUAUUGACGUCCUAUGAUUUCAACAAGAAACACAGAUCAGUGACAAUGAAACCGAUAUCAUUUCUGUGUUUAUUGAGAAUGUCAAAAGCCCAGUUGCAAGAGAAUGGAUUCAAAAAUAGUGUAAUUGAUAAUAUCCAUCAACUGAUCCUAGAGUGUGCAGCAAAGGACAGCCACACGAUAAGCUUUCCCGAUAUGUAUGUCUUCUGUAUCAUCCAGCUGAAGUCUUUCCUGAAGAAAUGCAAAGUCGCCAAUUUCUGCAAAAAAAUAAAGCACCUACUCGAUAAAAUUCAGGAGAAUCGCCAAUUCAUAGAGAAUGAGAGAAACAAGAUAAUCGUCGACCUGAGCGACAUGCAGGCAAUAAAAAAUUGGGAGAAUACAAUAAAAAACAAGGGGACUCCUCUGUCAAAGUUCUACGAAUCCUGGUACACCCUGCACCAGUCCCAAAACCUCAAGAUGUUGACUCAAAAUGACGAGAACUUCAACGUGCCCACCCUGAAGAGGAACAAGAGAAAGCAGAAUGAUUUCGAUCAUGACAGUGACCUCGACAUGCCAGUGGAGGAGAUGAAUAAACUCCUGAAGAAACAGGAGGAGAAAAAAAUGAAGAAGAAGAAACAGAGAAUCCCUUCCAAAGUAUCCAAUGAGGAUCUCCCCACAGAUAAUAACGACAUUGUUACGGAUACAAAUGUGGAUGACUGGAAUUAACUAAUUAAAUUCUCACUCCAGUGUACGUCAGAUUGAAAUAUAAUUAUUUGGUUUUUA